AUGGUGACACGCGAUACGACCAGCGCCACAGAGGCACUCAGCACAAUGGUCACGCGCGGAUUCCGGCAUCUGCCGGUCUGCAACGAAGACGGCGACGUAGUCGGUCUCUUGGAUAUCGCCAAGGUAUUCUAUGAGGCGCUGGAGAAACUCGAGCGGGCACAUGGGUCCUCGCAGAAACUGUACCAUGCCCUAGAGGGUGUGCAGAACGAAUGGGGCGGUGGGCCCCAGCAGGCGAUGAUGCAAUAUGUUGAAACGCUGCGCCAGCGCAUGAGUAUGCCUGAAAUUGCCUCGAUUCUCGACUCACGUACGAUGCCAUGCACCGUGGGUGUCCGCACCAGCGUGCGCGAUGCAGCUCGCCUGAUGAAGCAGUACAAGACGACCGCCGUUUGCGUCUUGGAAAAUGCCCCCAACAAUCAUGGAGAGUGUGCGAUCACCUCCGGAAAAAUUGCUGGCAUCUUCACGUCCAAGGAUGUUGUGCUGCGUGUGAUUGCUGCAGGGCUCGACCCGGAGCGCUGCAGUGUCGUGCGUGUAAUGACCCCCCACCCUGACACAGCGCCGCCCUCCAUGUCAAUACAGGAGGCUCUUCGCAAGAUGCACGAUGGGCGCUACUUGAACCUGCCGGUGGUAGACGUCGAUGCGCGGCUCGUGGGCGUCGUGGACGUGCUGAAGCUGACAUAUGCCACCCUCGAGCAGAUUAACAGUAUGAACAAUGGCGAAGACAGUGAUGGUGGCCCGAUGUGGAACCGCUUCUGGAACAGCUUUGGCCAGGGUGCCGGCAGCGCGUUUGAGGAGUCGAAUAGUGCGCUGAGUGGGAGCCAGCGACUAGGCACGGACGCACAGCUGUCGCCGACCGGUGGCGCAUUGGAUAUUAGCUCCGAGGUCCAUCCCAACGAUAGUGCCAGUGCUGUGGGUGGCAGCACGCACGAUGGCGGCUCUGCAGUGGAUGCUGCUCCGCUCGGGGCGGCUGAUGAUGGCACGUAUCUAUUCAAGUUCGUCACGCCCAGCGGACGUGUGCAUCGCUUUCAAGCACGCUACGAUUCCUACGAGACCAUCCGUGAAAUCGUCACGAUCAAGCUUUCUGGGGAUCCGUUCUUUGUGUACACAGGUGGGUCUCAGGACAUGCCCGUCGAGGCCGCAUCGACGGCCUUUGACGAAGAUGGGCGAUUACCGCUGCAUAUAUUUACACCUCCUAUGCCUGCAGGUCCCCAGCCCAACCCUCCUGAUGUGAAAGACUAUACAUUGGCCUACAAGGACGAUGAUGACGAUCUAGUACUCAUGACAGCUGACACGGACGUUCAGGACUCUGUGAAAGUUGCGCAGCACCAGGGGAAGGAUCGCGUUCUCCUUGUGCUGCACGGCGGGAAGACGUGGGACGAGGCCGCGGCACGCGACGGCCAAUACUCCUCGGCCUCCGCUGUCACAGCCGCAAACCACCGGCGCCAGCGCGAGCUUGCCGAGGAUCAGGCACGCAAUGUACAGCGCUCCGAACAGCCGGGACGUGCCGCUAGCUCACCUAGUAACGAGCCCCUGUUCGGGUUCCUUCCUAGGGAUAUGGCGCUACCUGCUGCCAUCGGCUUUGCGAGUGUGGUCGGCCUUGCAGCCGCCUGCAUUUUCCGCUUCGCUGGACGCCCUUAG